AUGCCGAGAUCUAUACUGCGUAGCGGUUCACUUGCCGUUUAUGUCAUCCUUGCCAUAUAUCUUACAAACACACCAGCCCAAUGGUCUAGUGCGAGUUUAAUCAAACGCUCAUUCGGUGCGGGUGCCGGUGAUCACAUCCCGGGAAUGACUUAUGUUGCCUCUGACCAUUGCGGAGCAAUUGCACCGGCUGAAAAUGGCGAUGCUCAUGGACAGCUUGCAACAGCAGCAUAUAAUAUUGACGGAAGGGAAGAUUCUCUAAAUCGCAAAACGUGA